ACUCUGGGACGAAGGUCCUUCCUCUUCCAUCCCUUCUACCUCCAUAUGCAACGACUGUGCUGACCCAGUGUUUUUCUACCCUACAGAGAGGCACAGAGACAGACAGCAGACAGUCGGGUUUUAUCUAGAGGAAAACAGCUGGUGGAGCAUCAGGUGCUGAGAUGGAGUAGAAACGCAGUCCCACCGUCGUAUACCCGCGGGAAAAGCGUGAAUGAUUACCUCAGAGGACGGUAGCGCACACACAGAGCUCACCUGCGUAUACCUGGCCUUUAUCAGUGUUAACGAUGUCAGGUGGGAGCCUGUUCGGCAAGGUGCGGUCCGCCUUCAGGAGGGAGCGAAGCGACUGGGACCUGAGCGACACUGCUCCCCUUGACUUUUCGGACGAGCUGGUGGACGAUGAGACGCCCAGAUUCAACAAGCUUAAGGUUGUGGUGUCCGGAGAGAUGUCGGACUACUCCUCCGGAGCGCCGUCCAACGGUAUGGCCGUGAACACGCUGGUGGUGGCGGAUGAUGAUGACUCCCUACUGGACUCCUCUUCCAGCCUGAGCAGCCCAGGGUUAAACAUGGAUCCUUGUGAAAACUGCACUAAGAAGAGGGAGAGUAUCAAACACAAGAGAGUGAUGAAGAGGCUCGGCAUUGCAGCUUUGCUCUAUGUUCUUUUCAUGACCGGAGAAUUUAUUGGUGGUUACGUGUCCAACAGUUUAGCCAUCAUGACAGAUGCUUUACACAUUUUAGCUGAUCUUGUGGGCAUUAUGUUUUCUAUGCUGGCCCUCUAUCUCACCACAAAGCUGCCGACCAAGAGGUUUACUUUCGGGCUGCAUCGCCUUGAGGUGGUAGCAGCAGUCCUCAGCGUGCUGCUCAUCUAUAUACUGACAGCCAUACUGCUCUAUGAGGCGGUUCAGAGGACAGUGCACCAGGACUUCAACAUAGAUGGUGAUGUCAUGCUCAUCACUGCAGCUGUGGGGGUGGCUGUUAACCUCAUAAUGGGUUUCUUGUUAAACCAAGGUGGUCACCUGCACUCACACGGCCACGGUCACUCUCACGCCCCUGCUGGUGCUUCCAAUUCACAGUCAGGUCAGCAGCAGAGGCCGCAUGGCAGCCUCGCUGUUAGAGCUGCGUUCAUCCACGCUUUGGGAGAUCUCCUACAGAGUGUCGGGGUACUCAUAGCUGCCUACAUCGUCCGGUUCAAGCCAGAGUUGAAGUUGGCAGACCCCAUCUGCACGUACAUCUUCUCUAUUCUGGUUCUCUUCACCACAGUACGCAUCAUACGAGACACAGGAGUCAUUGUGCUGGAGGGUGUUCCCAGGCACCUGGACACUCAGCGAAUCAGAGAGGACCUCCUUAAGCUGGAAGAUGUCCAAUCAGUGGAUGAGCUGAACGUCUGGGCGCUGACAGCAGACAAGACUGCAGCGCUGGUGCAUCUCCAGCUCACACCCUCCAGUGAUAACAACUGGGAGGAGGUCCAGGCGAAGGCGCGCCACCUGCUGCUUCACACCUACGGCCUCACCAUGUGCACAGUGCAGAUCCAGACGCACAGGCAGAGGGUGACACGCAGUUGCACAAACUGCCAGCAGCCCAGCGCUUAAAAAAGGGACAUCAGCAGUUCAGUACAUGGUGUCGAUGGCAGAAAGUACAACAUGCAGAGGGGCCUGAAUGUCGCAGCGCUGCUGCAGCUUAGUGCCAUAGCAGGAACCACAGCACACUGAUGUAACUGGAAAAAGAGAGGCGCCAAAGGACAGCCCGAGGAAUAACAACAGACCUAAUUAAGGGAGAUCUACAGUGUCCGGGGACCUCACGUCUUCAUGCUUGCAAAGCUUUUGAAGUGGGAGUUGAAUGUUUCACCUGACUAGAAUGACAAAAACUUGCCCUUAAUUCACCAUCAAAGCCUCUUCCAAAUCAUGACACUUUUUAUUUUCUGUUUUAUAAUUUGAGUUAUCACGACUGAUGUUUUGUUUUCAGAUGUAAAUUUUACCUUUUUGUUAGAACUGCGCACUAUGAUUUUAUUACUUUAAAAAGAAGGUCAGUCAAUAAAGUUUUACCUCAUAUCUGGCAAGAUAUUUGGCCACAGUGAGGACCUGUACUCCUUAUGAGCAGAAAAAGUGAGCAAAAAUUGCACCAAUGUGUCCCUUUAAGAGACGAUACAGCUCACUACAUGCUUUUCAUGUUGUUUAGCCAGUGUAAGUAGUAAGGCAGACUUUAAAAUAAUAAAUAACCUUAGAGGUUCUUAAAUUGAUAAACUGACAACACUUAAAGUUAAUUGGCAUUUUUGAUAUCAAUUAUUGUAGCUCUCUUAACUAAAUGUGGUGAGAAGGCAACUGACAAUCAAACCUUAACAUUAACUAAAGGGACAUGCUUAAAUGGUUAGCUUUAGCGUGGUGUUGUCCACUCUGCAUACACUGCAUUCCCCCCAUAUCAUAAACUGACAGUAUUAUAAUACAGACAGUUGUGGGAGUAUUUCCAGCAUAUCAGAGUUGCAGUGUUUUGAUGGAGGAGGUUGCAAUUUGCCUGCUAUGAUCUUUACAGUGUUAUCUCUAUCACUUCUUAAGAGGCUGUGGGGGGUUUGUGUGUAAGCCUUUCCACAUCUCUGAUAUUAAUCAUCAGGGGAAGUCACGAUUGUUGGUUUUGUUUAUAAUAAAGUGUUUUAAUUUUUU